UGGUCAAAGUUCCAGGUCCAAAGUCAACAAACAGCCACGGUCUUAAGAUGAAGGACCCUAUCAGCACCUGCUCUUAUAACCAGCUCUACCAGAAUGUGAAGAGAUUUUCAAAAAAUGGGGAGUACUUCUGCAAAGAGCUUAUGACAGUUUUUCAGCAAAGGGCUGAGCUGGAACAUACCUACGCCAAAGGACUACAAAAACUUGCUGGCAAACUCAUCAGGGCCUCCAAAGAAAUGCCAAACAAUUCCACCUACAGCGCCUGGUGUCAUGUGUCAGAUGAGAUGUACUCGAGAGCCGAUGCCCACAGAUCAUUAGGAAAUGCAUUUCAACAGGAGGCAAUUCUGGAAAUACGACAAGUCUUAGACGAGCAUAAUAAGAGGAAGAGGCCUCUUGACAGUGCCAUUGAAAGAACUGGAAAACUUGUUACUGCUAAUUGGAGUGAGCAACUCAAGAUAAAGAAGAAAUUAAAUGGACUAACAAGAGAGCAUGAGGCUUUGUUCAACUUUGUUGAAAACAACAGACAAAUUUGCACAGAAAAAGAAAAACAAAAGAUGCUGAACAGGCUGACUAAGUCAGCAGAGAUGCAGGCGCGGGUGGAUGAGGAGUACUUUAAUAUUAACAUGGAGGGGCAUCAGAUGAGACUCAAGUGGGAAAACACACUGAAAAACUGCUACCAGAUCAUACAGGAGCUGGAGAAACAGCGAAUUGAAGUUCUGUGCAAUACUCUGAAUCGAUACAACCUCCACAUGUCCAGCUUUGGACAGACUCUCAAACAUGGCCAAAGACAGAUAGAACAGACCGUCCAAAGGGCGGACAUGGAUAAAGACAUACAAACUCUGGUGGAAGAAAACAGCAUCACCGCUGACGAUCACAAAACUGAGUUUCUGAUGGCUGAUUAUUUUGAGGAGGACAGCAAAUCAUUAAUGGCCAAAGACCGAAGAAAAGAGGCCGUUAAACUCAAACUCCAGCGCCUGGAGGAAAGCAUUACAAAAACAAAGAAGGAUCGAGAAGGAAUUGAAAACCUGAUGAGAACAUAUUCUGAAAAUCCAUCUUUCUCAAACCAAAAGAACCUUGAGGAAACUGAGCAGCAGAUCGAUGAGUGUACUCUAAAACUGGAUCUUCUCGAGGCCACUCACUACAAACUCUCUGCAUCACUGUCUGAAAUAGAGGGGGGACCCAAGUCCUUUCACCGAUUUCGUGACAGCAUUGUAAAAUGGAAAGAUAAGGACUGUGAGCACAGCGUCGUUCAACUGACUCGUCCAGUCAAACUCAGGAGGGCUCCAUAUAGAUCCCGACGAUCACUGAGAGCUUCAAUCAUUUACAAAGGGCCCUCUCAGUUUGGGACACAGCAGUCUGUGGAGGCUUUACCGAGUGCCACCGACCAAGUCACUUCCACAGCUGUAACACAUGAAACUGCAGCUGCAGAGUGUGUCGGCGCCGUUAACGGAGCCCUGUCUCACACUGAUGAUGACAAAGAACAAGGUCAAACAACAUCAGAGCUGGGCAGUAUAGGAAAAUGCAAGGCCUUGUACAGUUUCACACCUGAACAGGAUGAUGAAUUGGCAUUGACAGAAGGAGAUCUGCUAGACAUUUAUGGAAAGGAGGAUAAUGGUUGGUGGUUUGGCAAACUUAAUGGGAAGACAGGCCAUUUCCCAUCAGCCUACGUUGAGGAGCUGCCUGUGUUGGGCAGCGUCAAAUCAUCUGAUGCCUGAGCGACUUAACUCACCACCAAAUGAACAAAACUCAUCCUGAAUCAAAGAGAUUCACUUCUGCCAAAAAAUCAGUGGCAACAACUAGGAGCCUUGUACCACCUACAACUACUGUAGUGUACUGACUGAUAUGCAUAGCUUUAAAAUGGUUAAUAAAAACAAAAGUAUGCAGUUUAAUAAUACAUGUUCUCCUAGAUCUGAUUUUUUUCAUUGCUUUCCCUGAAGUUUUUUUGACACUGUGAUUUUUUAUACCCAUUGUUUUUAUUUAUGCUACACUGUGUACAGAAAAACAAAUGAAGUUGUAUUUUAAUAGAUUAUAAUGAACGUAAGUGAAAAUGAAGCCCAGGGAAAUGAAACUAUGCUUAUCUCCACCUACUUUAAUCUGGGUAAUGACAUGAGAAAAUUAAACUGUUUACCAUUUACAUGAAUCAUGACCAAUUAUUUUAUUCAUCUUUACUUCUGAAGAGCAUCUACAGUAAACUGGUGAAUUUUUUAAGGAUUUAGAGACAUUUACUCAUGAACACCUGUUCUCUCAAGGCCAAACUCCGGGGUUUGAAAUUAUGCCAAAUAAACAGUUUCCUCAAAACUGCAACACGACCAUGCUCAGACACUUGUGCAUAAAAUUAACACCAGUAUUUAUGUAGUAACAAGUCCAGAUUUUUAUCGAACCUUUAACUUAUUUUAUACAAAAAUGCAUAUUAAAUCCAUAUCUAUCAGUAAUGAAUAAAUAAGGAGUGCUUUACUGUGUCAAAAGACAUGGU